CUCGGUGGGAGCGGGGCCGCCCCUUCCGGCAGCCAUGGACACCGAGGCGCUGGACGAGCUGGCGGGGCAGCUGCGGGGGGAGGCCCUGGGGGGGAGCGGGCUGCUGCAGCUGGCGGCGGCCACCGGCCUGGCCGCCUACGCCGUCUGGGCCGCCGUGCUCAUGCCCGGCUUCCGCCGGGUGCCGCUGCGCCUGCAGGUGCCCUACCUGCCGUCCAGCGCCCAGCAAGUGGCCAACGUGAUGGCGCUGCUGCGGGGCCGCUCGGGGAAGAUGGUGGACCUGGGAUCGGGGGACGGCCGGCUCGUGCUAGAGGCUCAUAAGCAAGGGCUCAGGCCAGCCGUCGGCUACGAGCUCAACCCGUGGCUGCUGUGGCUCGCCAAGUACCGGGCUUGGAAGGCGGGGUGCCACGGGCAGGUCUCCUUCCUGAAGCAGGACCUGUGGAAGGCAAAUCUUUCUGAUUGCUACAACGUGACCGUGUUCCUGGCUCCCAGCGUGAAGCCUCCCCUAGCUGCCAAGCUCCUUGCAGAACUCCCCGACGAGGCGCGCGUGGUGGCCGGACGCUUCCCCUUCCCGUCGUGGACCCCGAGCAGCACCCUGGGGCAGGGGCUGGAGCAAGCCUGGGCCUAUGACAUGAAGGAGGUGCGGCGCGCGGCGCGGCGUGGCGCGGAGGGACGCCCGGUCUAACGGCAGCUCCUCGAGCCUGGCAUCACGGCUCCGCGGUGGCAGGGAGCUGAGGCACCGUCGGAGCCUCUCCGACCGGCGGUCUCAGCGCAGGAGAGCAGUGAGAGGGAGGGUGAGAGCGGUGCUUGGCCAGGUUUUUUUUCCCCCCACAAAAGGGGGAACUUGGUCCCUCCGUAUCUUCCAGAGCAGUCAGCUUGGGGGAAGCAAGGGGGAGGAAAAAUCAGAUCUAGAAUGAUCACACGAUUUAAGGGCUAAAUCUCCAGUGCCUCUUUCUGUCCGAUUGGUAAUUUUAGAUCAUUUUUCAAAAUAAACAUUUGGACAGUU